AGGUUAUGGGGGGCACUCUUUGAGUCUAAAUUGGUGUUAUUGUUGAAUAAUAACAAGAAUAAAAAAUGAGCAUUUGAAAACAGGGACCCGCUUUUCCUUUGACUCUUGUUGCAAAAUGGGCUUCCUCCUUUAUUUUGUGUUGUCCUGUAUGCCUUUCACAAGUGUGGGUGGGAGCCAGAUCUCUGAGACAGCACGGCACCUUUGUUGAUGAUGGAUGCUUCACUAUUCUCGAUGAGCUUUGUCGCCUCAUUUGAAUUGAAUCCCCCCAUACUUUCCAAUGCGCUAAAAAAGUUGGUCCCAAUUUCCACGUUUCCUUCAAUCCAAGGUUUCCACGUUUCCGCAUUUUCAUUGCUCCGUUUCAAACUCACUGUUAAUCCCCUAAAGAGUGCUUCUUCUUUUUAUUUUUAAUGCCUAAACCAGCAACCAUUCAUGCCGACUUAGCCCUCUAUAAUUCGCAUCCAUAUCUUUUUAACGUCAUUUGAUCCGCGGAAAGAUUAUUCGUGGAAUUGAAAUUGAACUUAGUACUAAAAUGUGUCGAAGCAAUGCUUUAUUGAUUAGUAAUUUAAAAUGACAUUCUUGUUUUGGUAAAUAAUUAUGGUGCAAUUUUUAUGAAGAUGCUAAAACUUCAAAUAUGAUUGGGCGAGGAGGAAUGGCCAGAUGGGAAAAGCAGAAAGGGGCAGAGAUCAUAACUGCACUGACUCGGAAGAUCCUUUGUCUGAUAGCAAUUUGGCCCUUUGUUACCCUUUCCCUUCGCUUUUUACCACAAAGGCUUUGGCCCUUUUCAUGGUUAUCCCUGGGCCAAGCUGGGCCCCACGUCUCCCUUCUCUACAAUCGAGCUCCCUCUCCCCUUUCCCAACCCAGUCUCGCCCGUUGCCACUCCCUUUUGAAUUUCAAAUCUCCCACUUCUUCUUACGUCCCAUAUUCCCCCACCUUCACCCUCAUACUCUCUCUCUACCAUCCCACUCGUUGUUCCAUCUUCUUCUGCUUCAGUUCUCUCUUCUCGUUCAGGAGCAAGUCGGUUUCUUUACUGCCCAGGGAUGGGUGCUUCUGCCAAAUGGGUGAGGUCAUUAAUCGGACUCAGGAAGUCUGAUAAGGAUGACCAUGCCAAGGAGAGUGGUGGCAAGAGCAAGAAGUGGAGGCUAUGGAGGAGCUCUUCUGGGGAUAUGGCUUCCUGGAAAGGUUUCAAAGGAAACCACAGAGCUGCCUCCGAGGGCUCUGAUUCGCCUCCUGUUUCUGAUGCUUUCACAGCGGCAAUGGCCACCGUGAUUCGAGCUCCCCCUAAGGACUUCAGACUUGUGAGGCAAGAAUGGGCAGCCAUAAGAAUUCAAACUGCCUUUCGCGGUUUCUUGGCAAGAAGGGCUUUAAGGGCCUUGAAAGGAGUGGUAAGGCUCCAAGCUCUUGUGAGAGGUCGACAAGUAAGGAAGCAGGCUGCAGUGACAUUGAGGUGCAUGCAGGCUCUGGUUCGUGUUCAAGCCCGAGUGAGGGCUCGUCGUGUUCGAAUGUCCAUAGAGGGGCAAGCUGUGCAAAUGAUGCUUGAUGAACGUCGCAUCCAGGCUGACCUCUUAAAGCAAGCUGAGGAGGGAUGGUGUGAUAGCAAAGGAACAUUGGAAGAUGUCAAAGCUAAGCUACAGAUGAGACAGGAAGGAGCCUUCAAGAGAGAGAGAGCAAUUGCGUAUUCUCUUGCACAGAAGCAAUGGAGAUCAACCCCUUGUUCAAAUGCACGAACAAGUGCCCCUCUCAAGAAUUUGGAGAUCGACAAGUCUAACUGGGGAUGGAGUUGGUUGGAACGUUGGAUGGCAGCCAAGCCCUGGGAAACUAGGUUAAUGGAACAAUCCCAGACCGAGGCCCCUGAUAAAAGUAAAACCCCACCUCCUAAGAAGUUUGUUGAUUCCUUGGCAAACAAAAAUUCAAAACCUACAGAGCCAGGCUUAGUCAAAGUCAGAAAGAACAAUGUCAGCACGAGGAUCUCAGCUAGGCCACCUAUUGUUGGGCAAACAACACGUUCAUCCUCAAGUCCAAGUUCUGAAUUUCGAUAUGAUGAGAGCUCUGCUUCAUCUUCCAUUUGCACUUCCGCAACUCCCAUAUCUGGGAACACCGUGCUGACCUCUGAAAGGACCGAGGAUAGCACCGUGAGUAGGCCUAGUUACAUGAACCUCACCGAGUCAACCAAGGCAAAGCAAAAGGCAAGCAAUGCUGGGUAUCACAGAAGUCAAAGGCAGCAAUCCAUGGAUGAGUUUCAGUUCCUGAAAAGGUCAGGGAUUUUCUCAAAUGGGGAUUCCAAAAGCACAGACGGUUCGGGUUCUGACCCUUCUAUCAACUUCUCAAGGCCAUUUUACCUGCCCACCCACAUGGACAAGUGCUCAACGAAAGGACGGUGAGGAUGAGAGGCUGCUUCAAAUCAUGUGAUGGAUUUGUAUGAUCGUUGUAUUAAAUUUCCAAGUUCAACAUCUUGUUGUUCCCUAAAUUCGAAUUGAAUUACCUAUGGCUUGCGCUAGGCUUGUUAUUGAUGUUACUUGAGGCCUCGCCAUUUGUAUAAUUGUUCAUUCCAUGGGGCAUUCCUGUCUGGGUAAAUGAUCCUUUUUUUUUUU